CCAUAGUCUCGACAACGUGAAGUCCAUUAACUCCUCCGCCCUUGUCACCUCCACUGUCUUUGACCGCUUCAGAAUUCACACACGCGCGUGUAAAAUGGUCAUACUAAAGUGCGUGGUUGGAUAUUCAAUUUUUCAGGUGGGGCUAACCAAGAUUUGCAAAAACCGCGGUACAGUGGUACACUUCUUUUUUUCGUAAAAAUUAAUUGGACUCCCGCACGCGCUCCUCCUCCUCUUCACUGUUGUGGCGUGAUGACACGCGCUUCAACUCCGUUUGACACAGAAAGAGCGCUUCUCCUUUCGAAGUUUCAAACUCUCCUUUCACUUUCUCUCCUCUCAGUACAGUUUGUUUCCCGAUAUUUUUUCAAAAGGGAAAAGAAAGAGAGAGCAAUGGUAUCAAGUGUUGAAGUUGUUUAUCUUCGUUUAUAGAUUAACGAGUCUCUGGUUCCAUUUCUCGUAUAUACUCGUGCUAGAACGAGAUAUCGAUUGCGAAAUUUAGAGUGAGUGAGUGUGAUUGCGAGAGCGAUGCCGCGAUCCAAUUCCGCCGCGCACCACCACCGUCAGAGCUCCGACAACUACAUCCUCGACGCUCACAGAAGCUGGUUACAGUCUUCGACUUUCGCGCAGGAGUUCGGGGCUCGAUCUUCGAGCUUGAGGAAAAUUGACGAUGAUCGUAUUUUGAGCAGCGGCUUGCUUGAUCUGCAUUCCUUAGAUACCGAGCUUUUACCUGAGACGUAUGGUGAUCACAAUGAAUACUUCACUAAUCACACUGUUCUGGGACAGAGUUUUGAUGACUAUGAAUCAAUCCUCUCUGGUAACAAACAUGUACAAAGGUCUCGGGGAUUGCCUGAGAACAUUUUUCUGAAAAGUGUCCCAACAGAAAAGGAGAGAGCAAACAAUGUUGCCAAGAUUAAAGUAGCGGUCCGGAAGAGACCCCUUAAUAAGAAGGAAAUAGCAAAGAGAGAAGAAGACAUUAUUUCUAUAGAUUCAAAUUUUCUCACAGUGCAUGAAAGAAAACUCAAGGUGGACUUAACAGAAUAUGUUGAGAAACAUGAAUUUGUCUUUGAUGCUGUGCUGAACGAAGAUGUUUCAAAUAAUGAAGUAUAUGCCGAGACUGUGGAGCCAAUUGUUCCUCUAAUUUUCCAACGAAUAAAAGCAACUUGCUUUGCAUACGGUCAAACUGGCAGUGGGAAGACAUAUACUAUGCAACCAUUGCCUCUCAAAGCUUCACAAGAUAUUUUAAGAUUAAUGCACCACACCUACUGGAAUCAAGGUUUCCAAUUGUUUGUUAGUUUCUUUGAAAUAUAUGGGGGAAAACUUUUUGAUCUCCUCAAUGAUCGAAAAAAACUUUUCAUGAGGGAGGAUGGGAAACAACAGGUUUGCAUUGUUGGCUUGCAAGAAUAUAGAGUAUCUAAAGUAGAGACAAUCAAGGAAUUUAUUGAGAAAGGAAAUGCCACAAGAAGUACUGGCACAACUGGAGCAAAUGAGGAAUCCUCUCGAUCACAUGCUAUACUUCAGCUAUGCAUUAAGAGAUCAGCUGAUGGGACUGAAUCAAAGCCUGCUCGACUUGUGGGCAAACUAUCUUUUAUAGAUCUGGCUGGAAGUGAACGAGGUGCAGAUACUACAGAUAAUGACAAGCAGACUAGGAUUGAAGGGGCAGAAAUAAAUAAAAGCUUACUUGCUCUGAAAGAAUGCAUUAGAGCUUUGGACAAUGACCAAGGGCAUAUCCCUUUCAGAGGAAGUAAAUUGACGGAAGUUCUGCGAGAUUCUUUUGUUGGUAAUUCGCGCACUGUAAUGAUAUCAUGCAUUUCACCUAGCUCAGGUUCAUGCGAGCAUACUCUUAACACGUUAAGAUAUGCUGACAGAGUGAAGAGCCUGUCAAAAGGAAACAACUCUAGAAGGGAUCCUCUUUCUUCCUCAAACCUGAGAGAGUCCACUGUGUUGCCUGGGUCUUCAAUUUUAGCUCAUGAUGAUACCUUGGAGGAUGAAAUAACGUAUGUCUCCAGUGACAGGAAUCGAUUUGGUUGGCCAAGACAUCCAGAAAGAGAACUCUCUCCUCCAAAUAAUGUGGACCGUGUUCCAAGUGGUAGAAUGGGGGGAAAUUUGGCGUCAUCUGGGUAUUCUAAUCCACCAAACGGUUCAAGAGGUGGUCAAAAUGACAGAACUGCAAAUGAAUAUGAUUACAUAGGACCCAUACACGAACAAGACAGAACAAGAAAAACGAUUAAGAGGGUGGAUAACAACCACUUAUCUGCUUUUGAGAACAAGAAGAAGAUAGAAUCUCGGGUUAAUAUUGAUGCAUCACUUUUUCAGACUACUUAUUCUGAUCCGGAUGAUAAUUUAAAUGCCCUCCUGAAGGAAGAGGAAGAUCUAGUAACAGCUCAUCGUAGACAGGUGGAGGAAACCAUAGACAUUGUUAGAGAGGAGAUGAAUUUACUUGUUGAAGCUGACCAACCAGGGAAUCAAUUGGAUGAUUAUAUUUCCAAAUUGAAUACCAUUUUAUCACAAAAGGCUACAGGAAUCCUUCAAUUGCAGACACAGUUGGCUCAGUUUCAGAGACGUUUAAACGAGUAUAAUGUUUUCGUAUCUUCUGGUAAUUGAUGGUGCUACUGUGGAAAUGAUUGGUGUGUUGUGGAUGAGGAAUUCUUCGUGCUCUUAGAUUUCGCUUCUAUGAUUUCAUUGCCGUGGUUUGUUUCUCAUUUGUUAAACUGUUGAUGUUGACAAGAUUAUUGUGGAUUAUGGGGUGCCGAAAUAGGAAUCAAAUAUUUGUUCUACACUUAUUUUGACGGGUCACUGUUCUGACCUGAACUAUGUAUACAAAUAGAAAUGUAUGCCCAGAUUCUAAUUUUACAAUGUAAAGUCAAACUACCCUGUUGGGGAUUGCUUGUA